AUGGCUCUGCAAGCUGCUGUAAAGGGAAAACUAAUCGCCGUUAUUGGUGAUGAGGACACUUGUGUCGGAUUCCUCUUGGGAGGUAUUGGCGAAAUCAACAAGAACAGACACCCCAAUUUCAUGGUAGUUGACAAAAACACACCUGUCAGUGAAGUCGAGGACUGUUUCAAAAGAUUCACAAAGCGGGAUGAUAUUGAUAUCAUCCUCAUCAAUCAGAAUAUUGCGGAACUGAUCAGGCAUGUAAUUGAUGCGCACACGGCCCCAGUGCCAUCCAUACUGGAGAUUCCCUCCAAGGACCACCCCUAUGAUGCAAGCAAGGACUCCAUUUUACGUCGUGCAAAGGGCAUGUUCAACCCAGAAGAUUUGGUACGCUAA